AUGAGCGUUAGUUCAUUUGAAAUGUUUGGUUAUUUAUCUCCAAUUGAUAUUCUUCAAUCAUUGUUUUUAUUGACAAAACGUUUAUCAAGAAUUAUAUCAAAUGAAUAUUUAUGGCACAUUCAUAUUGGUGAUACAACAAUGGCAUUAACGAUGUUUAAUGAUCAAUGUCAAAGUAUAUUGGCAUUAAUAGGAGGUCGGGUUGUCUCGCUACGUGUAACAUUAAUUGAUGUUAUUGGUGGAUGGACACUCGUUUCAUCUUCUCUUCAAUAUCAUCCAACAACAUUGCUUCAUCGUCUACAUUUGAUCGAUAUUAAACCACAUGGAUUUAAUAAAUUAUUGCGUAAUCGGUUAAUACAAUAA